AUGGAAGAUUCAAGUGACGAAGAGGACGAUCGCGAUGAAUCAAAAAGAAUCAUCCACUUGUUGAACAAGCUGGUGUGGAAUUAUGAUGCAUGCGACCCGGACAAAGAAACACUGACCACUCCCAAGCUGACUGAAGAGAAGACAAAGCUUCGUCCAGGUCUUAGCAGACAUUUCUCUACUCCACUCCAGUGUCUUGCUGUGACAGCUGGUUUGAAUGAGCACUUUGUCGCAAGACUUGCUUGCAAUUCCAACCAGUAUUGUCAUGAGAAGAUUCUUCUAGAGAAGACCAAUCGCUAUUUCCAUGGUUUACAGUGGGACGACAUUUCAAUAACUGAGAUGUACCACUUCUUAGGCAUCAUGUUGAAGAUCUCUCUAUCGUCAGUUGAUGGGGGUGGCUACACGGCUUAUUUCAGUCCUGAAGAGCGUCCAAUCAGGUUUGACAGGAACAUCAGACCCAUCAAGAUCAAAGGAUCCGAAGGCUUUGCCGGAAGCAUCAUGACAUUGAGUCGCUUUCGCCAAAUUCGUGCUGUUUCAUCCAGAGAAGAAGGUGCCAAAUGA